UGCUGGAACCAGCCUUGCAGGAGGAGCAGUGACUCUUAGUCCACGGUAGGAGAAAGACUGAAGACAUAGCUACUCUUCCUGAAGUAUCCAACCAUGCUGUGGUUUGUGGGGCUUACCUUUGUCCUCUGCAUGGGAGGACACAUUGUCACGGGACAGCGAGAUGGAGAAAUUAUAAGUCAGAUUAAAAUGACUAAUCUGGUCUUGGCUGAGAUUAAAGAGUUGCUGAAACAACAGGUUAGAGAAAUAGUGUUCCUGAAGAACACAGUGAUGGAGUGUGAAGCCUGCGCAAUGGGAGGCGUUCAACCUGAAUCCUCCUGUGAUCCCAACCCCUGCCACCCCGGUGUGAAGUGCAUAGAGUCCGCUGAGGGCCCACAGUGUGGACCCUGUCCUGAUGGCAUGCAGGGAAAUGGUACCCACUGCAUGGAUGUGGACGAGUGCACAGUAAAGCCCUGCCACAUGGGUGUCCGUUGUAUUAACACCUCUCCUGGUUUCCGUUGUGGAUCCUGUCCUGCUGGCUUCACAGGACCUCAGGUCCAGGGGGUCGGACUUGCCUACGCGACUGCCAACAAACAGGUGUGCAGAGACAUUGAUGAGUGUGAAGGUCCCAACAAUGGAGGCUGUGUUGAGAACUCUGUCUGUAUGAACACCCCUGGCUCAUUCAGAUGUGGUCCUUGUAAACCUGGCUACAUUGGGGAUCAACGGAAUGGAUGCAAGCCUGAGAGAGCUUGUGGUAAUGGCCAGCCAAAUCCCUGUCAUCCCAGUGCUGAAUGCAUCGUCCACCGAGAGGGUAACAUUGAAUGUCAGUGCGGUGUGGGAUUGGCGGGUAAUGGAUACUUCUGCGGAACAGACACUGACAUUGAUGGCUUCCCAGAUGAGAAGCUGAACUGUCCUGACAUUAAUUGCAACAAGGAUAACUGCCUCACUGUGCCAAACUCUGGCCAAGAGGAUGCUGACAAUGAUGGGAUUGGAGACGCCUGUGAUGAUGACGCAGACGGGGAUGGGAUCCCAAACACACAGGAUAACUGUUGGCUGGUGCCCAAUGUGGACCAGAGAAAUGUUGACGAGGAUGACUUUGGUGACGCUUGCGACAACUGCAGAGCAGUCAAAAACAAUGACCAGAAAGACACAGAUGCAGACAAAUAUGGUGAUGAGUGUGAUGAAGAUAUGGAUGGAGAUGGAAUCCCAAAUCACCUGGACAACUGCAAAAGGGUUCCCAAUGUUGACCAGAAAGACAGAGAUGGAGACAAAGUGGGAGACGCGUGUGACAGCUGUCCUUACGUUCCCAAUCCUGAUCAGAUGGAUGCAGACAAUGACUUGAUUGGAGACCCUUGUGACACCAACAAGGACAGUGAUGGUGAUGGACAUCAAGAUUCCCGGGACAACUGUCCAGCCGUCAUCAACAGCUCUCAGUUGGACACCGACAAAGAUGGGAAGGGAGACGAGUGUGACGAUGACGAUGAUGGUGAUGGGAUCCCUGAUCUGCUGCCGCCUGGUCCUGACAACUGUCGUCUGGUUCCAAACCCUCUUCAGGAAGACCUUGAUGGUGAUGGUGUGGGGGAUAUUUGUGAGAAGGAUUUUGAUAACGACACCAUCAUUGAUCCCAUUGAUGCCUGUCCAGAAAAUGCUGAAGUUACCCUGACUGACUUCAGAGAGUACCAGACGAUCGUUCUAGACCCUGAGGGAGAUGCACAGAUAGACCCCAACUGGGUGGUGCUAAACCAGGGAAGAGAAAUUGUCCAGACUAUGAACAGUGAUCCUGGUUUGGCUGUUGGCUACACCGCAUUCAGUGGCGUGGAUUUUGAAGGAACGUUUCAUGUAAAUACGGUGACGGAUGACGACUAUGCUGGCUUCAUCUUCGGCUACCAGGACAGCUCCAGUUUUUACGUGGUGAUGUGGAAGCAGGUGGAGCAGAUCUAUUGGCAGGCGAACCCGUUCAGAGCCGUGGCACAACAAGGCAUUCAGCUGAAGGCAGUGAAGUCAAGCACAGGUCCCGGUGAGAAUCUGAGGAACGCCCUGUGGCACACAGGAGACACCAGUGACCAGGUUAAACUCCUUUGGAAAGAUCCUCGCAAUGUUGGCUGGAAGGACAAGACUUCAUACCGCUGGUUCCUUCAGCACCGCCCUGCUGAUGGCUACAUCAGAGUUCGUUUCUUUGAGGGUUCUCAGAUGGUGGCAGACACUGGGGUCAUCAUAGACGCCACGAUGAGAGGAGGCCGACUGGGGGUCUUCUGCUUCUCCCAGGAGAACAUCAUCUGGGCCAACCUGCGUUAUCGCUGCAAUGACACUCUUCCUGGGGACUUUGAAACCUACAGAGCGCAACAAGUGGAGCUGGUGGCCUGAGGUUGGAAAGCAAAUCCUUUACAACCAAGGAGGGAGGAAGAAGAAACAUCAAUAAUAAACCAAUCCAGACAUGACCAUCUAUGCAAUCAGCAGAUGCGUUUGGAUUGUUGAAUAUGGAAAAUAUGUCUAUUCUAAAUGAUGUUCCUGCAAACUUUUGUGAAUAAAUAAAAAACAAUUUAACUAAAUUAGAAA